AUGGCGCCCACUGACAAGAAACCGACUGAAGCACCCAUAAAUUGCAAGAUACUCCUCAUAGGAAACUCUUCAGUCGGCAAGAGCAGCCUGCUUCUACGCUUCUCUGACGAGCAGUGGCUUCCCGAGGAUGAGUCUAGUGCCACAAUCGGUGUAGACUUUCGUGUUCACAAAAUGGACAUCAAAGGGAAGAAGGUGAAGCUCAGUAUAUGGGACACCGCUGGGCAAGAACGGUUCCGCACUAUAACGUCUUCGUACUACAGGGGAGCGCAGGGUGUCAUCCUCGUCUACGACGUCUCAAGUCGAGAAUCAUUUGAUGCAUUACCACGGUGGUACUCUGAGCUCGAAACAUAUGUUUCUGAUUCGGUCGUAAAGAUUCUCGUCGGAAACAAAGUGGACAAGGAAUUCUCCCGACAGGUGUCUACAUCGGAGGCGAAAGCUUUCGCUGAUCGGAUGAACUCUUUAUUCAUCGAAGCUUCAGCGAAGACUGCAGUAGGUGUGAAAGAGACCUUCACCGAAGUCGUUGAGAAGAUUCUCGACACGCCGGAGCUCUGGUCACCCGAAACGAACAAGCCCUCACGCGAAGCUAACGGCAAGUCGAUGCCCGGGGGUAAUCUUCAAUUGAGUCACGAAGAUACCAGCGAGGGGGGAGGAUGCGCUUGCUGA